AUGAGACUCAAGUCGUUGCUACGCUUUGUAGCACUGGGCCUACUGGGCCUUGCGGACCCCAUCUUCGCCCAGGGCCCGCUUGCUACUCUCUCGUCACUCCCUGACUGCGCGCUCGGAUGCCUGCAAACGGCGGUGUCGAACUCGCCUUGCUCUAUCACGAACCAGACAUGUAUCUGCGCUGACGCCGACCUCAACGAGCAGGCACAGCAAUGUAUCUUGCUCUCUUGCACGGCGAAGCAGGCUCUGACGACCAAAAAUGCAACCGAAACACUCUGUGAUAGACCCAUUCGCGAUGAGACCCAACAUGUCUACAAUGUUGCCGCCGCUCUCGGCAUUGUUACCGGGGUUCUUGUGGGCGGCCGAUUGUGCUUCAAUUACUUCUUCACGCAAAUGGGCCUCGGAAUGGAUGAUUGGUUUUGCCUCCUUUCGACCCUCGUCGGAGUCCCCUGCACUGCCAUUGCUUGCCACGGCCUGGCCCCCAACGGACUCGGGAGGGACGUAUGGACACUGCAAUUCGAUACCAUCACGCGAUUCGGCCGUUUCUUCUAUAUCAUGGAAGUCUUCUAUUUUGCCAUGGUAACCCUGCUCAAGACGACUUUCUUGUUUUUCUACCUGCGCAUUUUCCGAACGGUUGGCACCCGGCGCAUCCUUUGGGCCACGCAGAUCAUCAACGCCCUAUUCGGCGUGGCCUUUGUCUUUGCCGCCGCUUUUCAGUGUUCUCCCGUCAGCUACUUUUGGACGAAGUGGGACGGCGAGCACGAGGGCAAGUGUAUCAACAUCAAUGCGCUGGCUUGGGCAAAUGCGAUUGUCAGUAUCAUCCUGGACUUCUGGAUGCUGGCGAUUCCGUUGAGCAAGCUGCCGAAGCUACAGCUGCAUUGGAAAAGGAAGGUUGGCGUCGCCUUAAUGUUUUGCGUCGGCGCAUUUAUCACUGUAGUCAGUAUCAUCCGACUGCAGUCAUUAGUGACCUUUGCAAACUCCCACAACCAAACCUGGGACCAGUGGUCCAUCACCAACUGGUCCGUCAUCGAGAUGAACGUGGGAAUCAUGUGCUCAUGCAUGCCUACGAUGCGCCUGGCCCUUACCCGGAUGUUCACCGUCUUCCGGGAAACCACCGUGAGUCGCUCCGAGAAUGGUGCCGGUUACCAUGCCUCUCGGCGCCCGACGAAGAACCAGGCUCGCAUCGUGACGAACCCGAGUGUAGUGGCCAGCCGCGUACGAGCCUUGGAUGGGAGGGGCGAAAGCGAGGAGAGGUUUGAUCCGCAAUAUAGGUACCUUGAUGAGACGAGCUUGGUGCCGAUGAAAGAUUGGGGUGUUUCUCGUGAGAAUUCUGUUUAA